AUGCGCUUUGACUCACGCAUUGUGGUUUUGCCGGCGUGGCGUGAUGUUGACCUGCUGCAGUACGCGAAGUUAAUGAACUGGGUUGUUGAUUCUGGUCUACGCAAGAUCAAGCGGCAUAAGACACCAGUGGCCAAACUUGUUAAGGAGCAGUACUUCUAUAGUAGCGGCAGUUUGCGCGGGUUCUCGUUUGAGUUGGUGUACGACUAUGGUGGGGGACAAAGCAAGAGCCAAUUGGAUCGUUUCCAGCGUCACUACGUCACUGACUGCAACCGAGAAGUGGAAUACCAUGACAGUCGAUGGGAAGCUAUCUGUGGAUUUUGGAUAUGUGCUGAGCCAGUUGGGCAUGGGGGGUAUUUGUGGACGUGA